AUGUCAUCUAACGAACAAGAAAGGCUCUUGUGUUAUAAUGGGGAAGUCCUUAUUUUUCGAUUGUCUAAAGGAGAUGUUGCAGGUAAAGGGCCUGCAGAAAUACCCAUAUUACAAGUCAGAAGAAUGGUAUUUGACAGAGGAGCAAGAGCUUUUAUUCAGAAGUCCACUGGAUUCUUUAUGCUAAAGGAAGAAAACUCUCAUUUAAAAAUUGUGUGUUGCAACUGUGUGUCAGAUUUCAGAAUUGGAAUUAAUCUUCCUUAUGUUAUGAUACAGUGCAAUAAAAAGAACACUUUCAGAUAUGUUCUUCUGUUUCUUCACAGUACCAAUAAAUUUGAAAAACGUUUGAGUUUUAGACUAAGCCAUGAGUUGAAGGAUGGUGUAAGGGUCCUUAAUGGCCCUUUAGUUUUAUGGAAACGUGCAGAAAAAUUCUACCUUAUCUCUUCUCUAAACGGCAAAGUUAUGACUGUGUCUGUUAAUUUUUCCUCUGUUCAGUGGGCAGGGGAGAUUGAAAAUCUAGGUAUGGUGUUAUUAGGACCAAAGGCAUGUUUUUUAUCUGAGGAAGGAUGCACCCAAAAGCUUUCAAAAUCGGAUUAUGCAAUUUGGAAGACCACAUUUUGUGUAUACUCCCUUGAAAAUGAAGAAGUCAUAAGUGAUGCAUACAUUAUCCCUCCUGCUUAUAGCAGUGUGGUAACUUGUGUGCAUGUCUGUGCAACUGAGAAUGUCAACAACCAGUUAAGAAUGUCUCUGAUUGCCCUUACUCGAAAGAAUCAGCUGAUUUCAUUUCAAAAUGGGACGCCAAAAAGUGUGUGCCAGCUUCCCUUUGGAGAUCCUUGUGCAGUUCAGCUUAUGGACUCAGGUGGAGGAGAGCUUUUCAUCGUAUCCUUUAAAUCCAAUGACAUUUGUGCUGUUUGGAAAAAGAACUUUCAGGUUGCUGCUAAGUGGGAAAAAAUUAGCUCAGUACUGAUAGAUGACUUCAUAGGAGCUGGAACUGAACAAGUACUGUUACUUUUUCAGGACUCCUUGAAUUCAGAUUGCCUGAGUUCAUUUACAGUAACAGAUCUUGGCAACAUAAACUAUUCAAGUGAAACAUUGGAUUGCAAUGAAGAUGACUUAUUUGAAGACAAAGAAGGGAAUCAUUAUUUGAUGGUUCCACCUCUGGAAAGAAGAUUGAAAGUUGGAUUGGCUUCUAUUCAGGAAUUAAAGCAGCAUCUCUUGCUUAAGGAAAAAAUUAUUUCAAAAUAUUGGAAAAUUUUAAUAAACCUGAUUCAAGGGAAAGAUGAAAGUACAUCAGCUGCAGAGAAGGCACAUCUUGUUACUCUUUGUGGUAAAGAAGAAAGCCCUGUCUGCACCUUUGAGGAAAAGAUACCAGAUGAUUUUCAAGAUUCAGAACGGCUAAUAGAGAAGAUAUGGUACCGUGUAAUAGAUGAUAGCUUGGUUGUUGGAGUGAAAACGACAUCUUCUUUGAAGCUGUCCCUGAAUCAUGUGACUUUAUCACUGGUAAUGGAUCAAGCUCAUAGCUCCAGCUGUCGGCUUAUUAAGUGUCACAAUAGGGUGAUCAAGUUGAGUAGGGAUUUUCCCCCAGCAUCACGCUCAGUGCCAUGUGAAAUAGGAUCAGAGGCAAAAAGGAUCAAGUUGACUAUUGAUAGUGAGGAAGAGGGAGAGGAAGAGGAAGAAGAAGAGGAAGAGGAGAAGGAUGAGGAAAGCUCUGCUGGAGAACAAGCAUCUGAGAAAGAGUGUGUGCAAGUCAUUACUGCUGUAACACCUUUUUCACCACUUUUAGCAUUCACUGAUUUCUGUUGCAUUGUGCUGCUACAAAUUAGGGAGAGGGAAAAUGGUAACUCUUCUGAAGAUCAUUAUGUUUGGUGUGGCAGACUUUUCAUAAGUCUAGAAGAUCUUUCAAGUAGGAAAUACCUGCUGACAUUUCCAAAGAAGAAACCUAUAGAACACGUGGAAGAUCUCUUUGCACUUCUCACAGCAUUUAACAGAGCUUGUUUUCAAAUCACAUCGCCCACCUAUUCUCUGACUUCAAUGAAGACGUGGCUACUAGAACACAUGAAAUGUGAAGUAAUCCAAGAAUUUCCAGAAAUUUGCUUUUGCAAAAGGCCAGGAAGUUUCUAUGGCACACUCUUUAACUGGAAACAAAGAACACCAUUUGAAGGGAUUUUGAUAGUCUAUUCCAGGAAUCAAACAGUUUUGUUCCAGUGCCUUCAUAAUCUCAUCGGAGCUCUCCCUAGAAAUUGUUUCUUGAAAAAACUAAAAUCAGGAAGUGAGGAUUUCCUAAUUGAUCAUUUGGCAUCAUCUUUGGAGAAGGAAUUGGUUAUCCUUGGUUCUCUUUCUUCUGCCUUAGUUGAGGUUGAAAACAACUUGGUGCAGAGUUGCGAAGCAAGCAAAGAAAAGAGUAGUGGUGUUGUGGCUGCUUUAUCAGACAGAAGGGAAAACAUCCAUCCCUACAGAAAAGAAUUUCAGAGAGAAAAGACGCAAACGUUGGGGACGAACCUAAAAGUGAGUGGUGCUCUUUAUAGAGAAAUGACUUUGAAAUUAGCUGAGGUUCAGCUGAGAUCAGACCUUGCUGCACAGAAACUGGCUGGUUUAUAA